CCGCAGGCCAUGGCGGACGAGCACCAGCAGUGGCCAGGCAGCAUCCUCUACAACAUGCUCAUGAGCGCGAAGCAAAUUCACCAGGCAGAGGCUUCGGAAGCUCGGGCGGCACCCCGGGCGCGGCCCCCGGGGGGCGCCUGCUGGGGCUGCUCCUGCGGCGCGGUGCCCGCGCUGGACAGAGAGGGGCAGCCGGGGAGGCGGGCGGGGACGGACCUGUACCGCUGCUGCUUCUGUGGCGAAGACCACCCUCGACAAGGCAGCAUCCUCUACCACAUGCUCACAAACGCCAAAAAGAUGCAGGAGACCCCCGCCGCCGUGCCGAGGGGCUCCUGCUGGGGCUGCGCCUGCGGAGCGGUGCCCGCGGUGGGCAGAGAAGGUGUGGCGCUCCUGUACCGCUGCUGCUUUUGCGGGCAGCAGCACCCACGGCGGCGGGGCAGCAUCUUCUACAACCUGCCUGCGAGCUCCAAACAAAUGCACUCGGAGGAAGCUCAGCCCGUGGCGCUGCAGGGGGCCCCCUGGUGGAACCCCUGGAGCGGCGUCCAGCGCCGGGUGGCCCUCAAGAAUCCACAGGUGGUCUGCGAGGCAGCCUCCGCGGCCCUGCUGAGGACCAUGCGCUUUGUCAAAUACUUACCCUGUUUCCAGGUUCUGCCCCUGGACCAGCAGCUGGUGCUGGUGCGCAGUGGCUGGGCACCUCUGCUCCUGCUCGAGCUGGCCCAGGACCGCGUUAACUUUGAGACCAUGGAGACCUUGGAGACCGGCUGGCUGCAGAGUCUCCUUACCGCCAGGCGGCAGGAGACCGAGGGCGAGGAGCCGCCACCUCUCCCUCCACAGCAGCAGCAGAAGCAGCGGAAGCAGCAGCAGCAGCAGCAGCAGCAGCAGCAGCAGCAGCGCCCCAUCCCGCCAACAGAGGCCACAGGUUUGCCAUCAGCCGCUGAGGUCCAGGCUAUCAAGAGCUUCCUUGCCAAGUGCUGGAGCUUGGGCAUCACUGCCAAGGAGUACGCCUACCUCAAGGGGAUCGUGCUCUUUACCCCGGACCUGCCAGGCCUCAGGUGUGUGAAGUACAUUCAGGGACUUCAGUGGGGAACUCAGCAGAUCCUCGGCGAACACACCAGGAUGAUGUACAGAGGGUACCAUGUCAGAGUCGCUGAACUAAAUAGCAUCCUUUUCCAGCUUAGAUUCAUUAGUGUCAGUGCUGUUACUGAACUGUUCUUCAGGUCCAUCAUCGGCACUGUCAGCAUGGAUGAUAUGAUGCUGGAGAUGCUCUGUACGACUUUAUAAAGGCAUCUAUGGGCCUCGCAAGUGCAGUUCACCAUGAAGCGCUAAGGAGUCAUGGGCAAAAGAGUGUAAAAUUACAUUCAAUAAACUUUCUUAUUAUUUUUACAUGUCAUGCAUAGUAUUUUUGUAUUCAAUUAAAGAAAAAAUUUAGUCACAGACAAUUAGAAAGUCCUCUGCAUCAUACCGGUUCAUUGUGAAGGAAAAAAUUGGAACAGGUAACAUAUCUCUGUACAUCUUUAAGGACAGAGCAGAGUAUUACACUAAUAAGCUAUUUUCACAAGUUUAGUGACGCUCCACUGACCCUGCUAAAA